AUGACAGAUGCAUACAAUGAACUUCAUACGCUGGCACAAUCAUUCAACAAACCCUUCGAUGCGCCGGCCAUCCUGGUCGUUGGUCACCAGACUGAUGGCAAAUCUGCUCUCAUUGAGGCGCUCAUGGGCUUUCAGUUCAACAGCGUUGGUGGCGGCACCAAGACCCGCAGACCAAUCGCGAUCAACAUGAAGUACAAUGGCUCAUGUUCCACGCCGGCUUGCUUUCUCAAACUUGAAGAUGGAAUUUCCGAGCAACCGCUCACCUUGGCGGAGCUGCAGCAGGCUUACAUUGACGCCGACAACGCAAUGCUGGAGCGCGAGCAGCGCUUUGCGUCACGGGAGAUCGUCGUCCGCAUGGAGUACAAGCACUGCCCCAACCUCACCAUCAUCGACACACCGGGGCUCAUUUCACCUGCGCCCGGCAAGAAGAACUGCGCGCUGCAAGCCUGUGCUGCUCAGGUGGAGGAGAUUGUGCGCAGCAAGGCGCAGGUUCCGGAGUACGUUAUUUUGUGCCUGGAGGAUUGCAGCGACUGGAGCAACGCAACCACUCGUCGGCUCGUGAUGCAGGUCGAUCCCAACCUCUCCCGCACCGUGCUGGUCAGCACCAAGUUCGACACGCGCAUCCCCCAAUUCGCUCGCGGCGCCGACUGUGAGAUGUUUCUGAAGCCCGGUGUACUGGAGGACUGCAACAUGCUGGGAGACGGACCGUUCUUCACGUCCGUUCCGUCGGGGCGUGUGGGCACUGGGCCGGACUGUGUCUUUCCCACCCACGAUGCGUUCCGGGAGCGCCUGUCGGAGCGUGAGGUCACCGAUGUUAACGACCUGGAGGCUAAGCUAGGCCGAAGGCAACGGGACCAUGUUGGCGUCGGCGCGCUACGUCGGUUUUUGGAGCAGCUGCUGCAGAAACGGUACCUAGACGCGGUUCCGGUCAUCGUGCCGCUGCUGGAGCACGAGCAACGCGCCACCCAGCAGCGCCUGGAGGUCGUGCGCCGGGACCUGCUGGGGCUCAAUCCGGAGCAACUCAAGGACAAAGGCCGGGCCUUUGUGGACGCCUUCUUGAACCGUCUGCAACAGCUUUUGCGCGGUACUGUGGCUGCACCGGCAGACAAGUGGGGCGAGACGCUGGCAGACGAGCACGCGCGUGGUGGCGCAUUCGCACCCAGCCACGGGCGGUCGCUGAUGCUUCAGGAAGCCAUCCCCAAUAGCAGCAUGCGGCUGUACGGAGGCGCGCAGUUCCAUCGCGCCAUGACAGAGUUCAGGUUGGUGGUUGGCACGCUGCCGUGCCCCGAACUAACACAUGAAGACAUUGUCAAUGCGUGCGGGCUUGACUACGAGGGCGGCCACGACGGGGUGAAUUACGUGCGGACCGCCUGCGUCAUUGCCGUCAGCAAGGCCAAGGAGAUAUUGGAGCCGUACAUCCACCAGCUGGGCUCCCGGCUGGCCCACGUGCUGCGCCGCCUGCUGCACAUCAGCCUGGCGCUCAUGCAGCAACAACAGCCUGUGGAUGGCUUCAUGGGUGGACCCUCCGCGGCGCCAUCUGCCGCUCUGACCGACCAGUUCGUGCGGCGUGUGUCGACCGCAUUCCAUGCUUUCCUGAGCCAAGUGGAGGAGAGCUGCAAGGAGAGGUGCCUUGAGGACCUUGCGUCUACCACACGCUACGUCAGCUGGAGCCUUCACACCCGAAACAUGAGGAACCUGAAGCACAUGCUGGGGAAGUCAGGGGGUGCUCCCACACCACCGCCUCUGAGCCGCGAGGCAUCCAUAUCAGGCGGCUGCUCGCUGAGCCUCUCUGACAUGCUGGAAACAACGUUGUGGAACCGGAGCCUUACGGGCGUCAGCGAGGACAUCGUGCGGGCACUGGUGGCCCAGAUGUUCGAUGGCAUUCGGGACCACCUGGUGCAGGCCGCCGAGCUCAAGUUCAACUGCUUCUUCCUGAUGCCGCUGGUCGACGCCUUUCCCGCGCGCCUGCGCAAGGACAUCGAAUGCGCUUACGAGGAGGGCCUGGAUGAGGUAUUCGACGCGGCGAGUGUGCGGUCCACGCUUGAGAACCGGCAGGGUGAGCUGCAGGAGGAGCUGCGCCGGGUAAGCAGAGAACCCUGGAAGAGCAAGUAA